GGCACGGCUGUUGAUAUAUUGCCUUCCUUGGAUGAAGCUUACGCAAAGAUGGAGCAAGAUGCUCCAAAACAUCAGUCCAUUGGGAAACAAGUUGAUUCAAGUUCGGAUCUUUCUACCCAGUCAAGUGCAGACGUUGUCAGAAGUGCUACUAGAGGGUUUGUUCGACAGGCAAGGGUUGUGCAUCGGCCAGAAUCGGCUGACUGUGAGCCUACAAUUAAGGCUACAAAGGAACAACAUCAUUUGUACGAGCUUUUGAAGUGGUAUGCGGAUGCUAGAUCAAACAACAGAGCUACGAAGAAGAUCAGAGAAAUGAGGAUCAUAAAGUCCAGGGGCAAUCAUGUUCUUCUUGGUGAACUGGUUGAUGCCUUGAAGCCUACAGGGAAAAUGAUUGUGCCGCUCACCUUCACUGCCAUUGAGUAUCUAAACAAUCAUGGUGGCCUCCCAAAAGGCAAGGUUAUUAUGUCCCACGGUGUUACCAGGAAAAUCAUGGCAGGUGACUUUCAAAAUAGGGAAAUCAAGAACUGUUUUGCACAUAAGGGUGAAUUCAAUCUAUCACUCAAGGAGUUGAUCAUGUUCCCUCUCUUCCAGGAACUUGCUCCAGAUAACCCAAUUGAUAAAGCUGGCCACUUCUACACUAUUUGCAUCAACAAUGAGAAGCAAAGGAUCGAGGUUCUUGACUCUAUGCGUUUAGAAUCGAGUGGGAGCUUAUAAUCACAUGUGGGGGAGUUCAUAUCUAAGUUGAAGGAAUGUUGGUAUAUCCACUACAAGGAUUCAAAGGCAAAGAUUGAGAAUUAUCAUGUAAAAUAUAUUGAGACUAAGAAGCAAGAGGGCAUGGAUUAUUCUACUAUUGAUCAAUAAUCAUAGUGGAAUCAAGGGUACAGAGUCAAAAAGGGAUUCCGCCCUAAGGCCAUGGAUCAUGCCAUGAGUGCGGUUUCUACAUGCUCGAAUAUUUUGCAAAGUGGCGGGGUCACAUUGUGCCCACCAUUACAAAGGAGAGCAUUGCUGAGCUUAGGAAGGUGCUCCCGUGGGACUGGAUCACAAACACCAAUUUCAAUGAGCUCCAGACUUCAAAGCAAUUCCUUGAGGAUACUUUGAAGGGUACCCUCAAUAAGCACAAGCGAAAGAUUUGAUUAUUGGGAGCUUUUAGUCUUACAUUCUUUUCUACGAGGGAAUGUAAGGUACUGCUCGCUUUUGUCAUUUCUUUUUACUGCACUUUUAUCGUCAUUGUACCUCCUGCAGUUGAAACAGAGUGUUAUUUUUAUGUGUGCCAGUUUAUUAGCCAUAACUUUGAUUUGUAAUGACUAAUUUAGUGUGUCCUACACAUUUUCUAG